AUGCCACCAAUCACCAACUUUUUAUUGAAAUCACCGACGGAGUCGUGCCUGUUGUCCAAGCUGCCGAGGCUGCAGCACGAGGCAGACGAGGCCAGGCUGACGGAGUCGGCACGCGCGCGAUGCGGCGACACCGCCACGUGUUUCAGCAUUCCUGCAGACAAACAAACUUACAUUAGAACUGUGAAAACCACUACUGUGAUCUUGGAGAACCAGAAUAAACAACUGGGAUCCGCGAAAAUUAAACCAUCUUCUAAAGUAAAAAGCACCGAUAAUUCCCAACUUAAAUUACUGGUUAUCUCUCUGCGUUGUGGCAAGGCGUGUCCGUCGCAAGCGCAUCCGCCGCCGCCGCAUCUGUCGAACAAUAAUCCCGAGUUUUUGCGCGCACCAUUGUUUUUGCGCGUUCCCAGAAGGCGAGCGAAAUCUUGCGCUCUGUGGGAUCUCGAUCUCAAUGAAAUGAUGCAGCUUUCUACUGUAUGCAGUUGGAAUGAAUGA